GGCCGGAGUAUUUCCUUUGAUCGAAUCGAGUUGUUGCGCGGAGUAAUUCCUGCCCGACUGACACUUUCAGGUAACCUUUGAACCAGCCCCGGUUCAGUUCUUCUCUAGAUCAUGAUAGGUGGUUGGGUUCAAUGUCAAACGUCCAAGCAACCUUGUGUCCAAGACGAAACUGGGAUGAUUGGAAUUAGGUUCCUGUGGUGACUUUGGCUUUGGCCCUCCGCUUCCUGCCUUAGGCCCCCCCGGCUGGCGAGGCCCCUUUCACGUGCCAGCGCGGAGGCCAACGCAACUCCGGCCGGACCCUCCAGCAUGUCGGCAACAAACAUUCAACAGUCAGUCCCUGCUGUCAUUCGGCCAUUGCACUACCAUUGUGAGGGUCUGCCAUGUCCUUCAAUAGGAAGUAUGCCGGUCUUCCCGACCUGGACCUCGCGCCCGAUAUCUACGAGACCCCCGAUCUGACCGACGAAGCGUCCACCCUACCGACUACCACUAUCCGCACCGCAUCCAACGCAGACGAUGAUGCCGGCUCCAAUUCCGAUAUCGAUCGCGAGGGGAUCAAUGCCGAUGAGGCACGCGCUCAUUUCUUAGGAGCCACGGUCGAUGCCCGUGAUGUCAAUUUCUCAGACAGUAUCGCGAUGAAGCGCAAGGCAUACAAAAACAAGAACCGCCGACGGCGCAGACAAGAAAAUGGUUUGGAGGACCCAGAAGACUUUAGCGAUGGCGAAGAUGAAAGCUUGGAGAGGAAGCUCGCCCGCCUUCGCAGGGAAGUGGAAGAAUUGAAAGAUGAGAUGGCAGCUCGGCAAUCGGAAACAGAAAUCACUGAAGCUCCGGCUGAUGGAAAAGAGGCGGUGGGCGACGGCGUCCUUGAACUGAGUCGAGCAUUGGAUAACCUCUAUACUUCCCGAAGUGACACCGGGUCACACUCAGCGGCUGCGAUGCUCUCACAGAGAAUAACUACCAAACCCACGCCCGAAGCCUCGGCAACUAUCCCUAGCAACCAGGACGCUGAAUCCACACAACCUGACACUACUGCUUCUCCCUCUACUGGUGUGCUGGCCCACGCGGCAGCAUUUGACGGCCGACUGGCGCUCAUCGAAGCCGCCAUGGGGCUUUCGAACUCAUCGAAUCCCUUCGUCAGUGACGGAAUCUCAGAGCCUGCGCUUCAGCCCGUACUCCCAGCCCUUGACCAUCUCACAUCCCGCCUAUCCACCCUCAUGAAUAUCCUCGUCGGCCCGAACCCCGUCUCGGCCGUGCCAACGAUGGGCUCCGCUCCCCCUUCCACCACCGUCACAACUCCCCAGCUUGAGACCCUAUCCUCCCGGGUCAGAAAGCUUACGGCCGACACGGAAGCCCUUGCAUCUGCGCGCAAACGCGCCGUGGACGCCGCCAAGGCGGCACAGAAUGCGCGCAUCGCAUCCGCCGCCAUCGAGCCCUCCGACAUGUCCGUAUCGUCGUCAUCAGCCACGGAGGUCGACCCCGCUGCCACGCAGCGCGACGAACAAGCCACCAAGAUCCAAGCCCUCUACGCGACUAUCCCCACCAUCCAGUCUCUUCACCCGAUCCUUCCCAGCGUGUUGGAGCGUCUCCGCUCGCUCCGCGUCAUCCAUGCGGGGGCUGCACAAGCCUCGGAGUCGCUGGAUACAUUGGAGAAGCGGCAAGCAGACAUGGCUCGGGAGAUUGAGCAGUGGCGCGAAGGGCUGCGGGUGGUUGAGGAGAAGAUGAACCAGGGAGAAACAGCGAUGAAGAACAACAUCGAACUAGUCGAACCCUGGGUCCGGGAUUUGGAAGACCGACUGGACCGGUUGGAAGGAACCGGCGCCUGAUGCAGGUGUCGAAGCUGAUUGAUAUCGAUAAUCCGAAUCGUUGAAGCGGAAAUAAUACCAAUACCAACCUUUACCAAUUUGCGAAGCAUUGUACAUAGUUCUGCUACCUUAUGAAAGGGCUGGAAAUACUGCAUAGUUAUGAUACUGUACACAUUGAUUCUAACAAUAAACUAUCCCAUCG